AUGGGAAUUCAGGGUCUGUUGCCCCUGAUAAAGUCAAUCGAGAGACCAGUACAUCUCAAAGACUAUGCAGGAAAGACCCUCGCUGUCGACGGAUACGUCUGGCUCCACAAGGGCGCCUUCUCCUGUGCACAGGAACUCUGUCUCGGUCAGCCUACCAUCAAAUAUGUCACGUAUUUUAUGCGCAAGAUUGAGAUGUUCAAUCGAAGAGAAGAGAGCAAGAAACAAGCAUUAGAUCUUCAUCGAGCAGGAAAGUCAAAGCAAGCAAUGGACCAGUUUCGCAAGUGUGUGGAUGUAACACCAGAGAUGGCCUUUGAAGUUAUUCAAGCUCUAAAGGCCGCAGGAGUCGAAUUUGUGGUGGCACCCUAUGAGGCUGAUGCACAGUUGGCAUAUCUGGAGAAGCAUGGGAUCGUUGACGGCAUUAUCACCGAGGACUCUGAUCUCCUCGUCUUUGGCUGCAAGAAGGUGAUUUUCAAGUUGGAUCAGUUUGGCGCAGGAGCAGAGAUCCUGUUUGACAAGCUGGGCAGAGUGCAGGAGGUAUCUUUCCAGGACUGGACACUGACCGAGAUUCGCCACAUGUGUAUUCUCGCCGGAUGCGACUAUCUGCCAUCGAUUCCGGGGAUGGGUCUCAAAACAGCACAGCGACUUUUACGACGAUACAAGACAUACGACAAGGUCCUUCGGCAUGUGCGCAUGGAGAAUACCAGUAUGAAGAUCCCACCAGGCUAUGAGAUGGACUUCCGGCAAGCCGACUUGACUUUCCUCUAUGCCCGAGUUUUUGAUCCUAGAUCAAAGUCAAUGGUCCAUCUCAAUCCUAUCCCAGACGACCUGCAGGAGCUAAUGCAAACCGAAGAGUACCACUUCUUGGGCCCACCAUUGGAUCCAACUGUAAUGCUAGGAAUCGCGGAGGGAAGGAUCAACCCAAUCGACAAGACACCACUCAACGGACCAGUCAACCAAAGACCUAAUCAUUAUGUAAAACAUAACUAUGUUGGCAAGGAGAACCGACCUGCUGCUGGAAAGGCUAUCAACACGUAUUUUCAAAAAACCUCUGUGACAACAACCUCGACACUUACUGGAACGCAAAAGCGCGAGCUUCCCAAGAACAACAACUUUGCGACUAUUAAGCGGCGCGUGCUUGAGGCAUCUCCAGUACCCAAUUCAUUUGCCAACAUGCCCAGCAUCUUUCCGCCAACAACACAGCCCUAUCAACUCAAAUACUUGCCAGAAUCAGCACCCCAGCCUCGGAAUGUCAUUGUAGAAGCAAGGAGUCGGUUCUUUGGGCAGUUUGAUACAAUCGACACAUCGGACGACUGCGACACCUUGACAACGACAGCUCCGACUGCCCAGGAUACGCGAUCUUCAACCCCGAGGGUAGACAGUGGCAUUGGCCUAGACGAGGCUGCCUUAUUACACGCAGUGGACAUGUCCAAGGCGAAGUCACCUUCAAAGCAUCGCGAGUCCAUGACCGAGAGCCCCAAGAAGUCUCGGCCCGCAAUUGCAAAGGAAACCGUUGCCAGUCCUAAAAAGGUUUCUGUACCAGUCGAGUCAAAGGCAGUGGAAGAGGAAGUCAUUGAGUAUAAGCGGGCAGAGGCCAAGGUGAUUCAGGGGUGGCGGGAAAAGUUCUCCAACACAGCUCAGCCUGGACGGACACCCGGUUUGAAGCGAGCCUUUCAGAACUGCGGACGGAUCCAACUCAACCCCAAGGCCAAGCCAGCAGCAUCAACCCCUGCGUCCUUAGGAGUACAAUCAACCUCCCUUACCAUCACCUUGACUGGUGCUAGCACAGGAAGUUCAAGGACUGCUGAGUCGGUCGCCGAAACAGUGGAUACCCAAUUGGAAGCUGCCGAGGCACAGCCAGGACUAUCUAUUUAUCACUUCGACGCCGGUCACCGAGCUCAUAAUGUGAUUCCUGCGAGUAAGGCGACAACUGGAAUGACGACAGUGUGCCCUGUAGACUCUACCAGGCGGUCAUCAGGAUCCUCCUCCCCGUCUCCUUCGUUCACUCCUUCAUCGUCAUCGACAGAUACGUCCCAGUCGAUAGCUGAGGAAGAAGAGGAUGUACGGCCAAAGCUGUGUCUUGAUCGGUUCCGAUUUACAUCCUCCUCGUCCUCAACACCUAUCCGUGCCCAGCAUUAG